GGCAUCCAGUCCAAUUCCUGGUACGACAUAUGACUCGGGUCCUAUACAUCAAUAUGUAUGUGUCCAGGUCCCUCCCAAGUUCUGACGGACGAACCCCAUAAAUCCAGCAACGGUUUGGUGCUAGCAUCCACUUCUCCGUCAGCUUCCUGGAGUUGGUGACACGUCAUUUUAGGGUGGAUGGCUGCAAGUCACGUGUCCACAGAGGGCCCGAGCACUGCAGCUUUUCCUUCCAGGCUGGUUCUCCAGCAGGUGAUGGCCUUGACCAGCUCCUUCCUCAAGCUCAUCAUUCCAAUCACUUGCCCUCAUGGCAGGAGUUGGACACCCAGGCUGCAAGUAAACCGAUAACAAAAACAAACAUGUUUUUAUUCGGGGCUACACGGCGGCCGCUUCAUUUUGUCACCUUGUUCUUUUCUCUUAUACGUCUUCAACCUCCUUCAACUAAAAAAACACUUCCUUCUUCAAACUCUACCCAGAGAUGCCCAAGUGGAGAAUCGAACCCGGGUCUUCCCGACCUUCUGACUGUGUUGCCUCCACCUAGCUACAUAAAGGGACUCAGACUGAACCCUGAUUGAGCAGUCAAGUGAUUUUUCAAUGUUGUCCCAUUUCCAUCCCCAGGUCACGUGUCAAAGAGGCGUGAUGCCAGCAUUGACCAGCGGGGAUGUUGUGUUCCACUAAGCCACCCGGCCGCAUUGCCCACCACCGGUUGGUGCUGCAAGCUGAGAAAAGAACUCCCGCUGGGUGAAUAACCAUCAUAUGAUCUGUGGUUGCCAUGGAAACCGAUCCCAGCAGCGGCCCGGGAAAGGUUAUCGGAGCCGACACCCCCAACACCGCAGCCCUUUGGCAACGUUUCCCCAGCCGAGUCUCUUGUCUUCGUUCUCGCCGUCAUCAGCUGACGUGAGCAGGAGCCGAUGAGUCAAACCUGCGUCACGCAUCGUCGUGACUUGCCAUAGUAAGACUUGCUUCUUCUCCAGUAAGCAUCGGGAUUUGCACCAUCACGCGGACAUCAUCCACACUGCGGGCCGGACCGGUGCGGAGUCAAUGCCAUCUUCGAAGAACCGCCAGGCGCUCCUGCUUCAGACUCGCCGCGCCACGCACGUCGUGUGAGCGCCAACUGCCGCCUCGCUGGCUCCUGUUAGCGCGCAGGGAUGUUGAUGUUGCCCACGGACGCAGCAGCGCCUCGAUGAACAACCUUGCCGUCGCGACUGCGUCCUAACGCUGCCUGUACUCUGUAGAAGAAGGACAACUCCCAUUCCCUGGCACCGUCCCACUUCCUCUUGAUCUCCAGAUCUCCAUUGAACACCUCAAAAGACUCCUCUCGUCACCACACCUCCACCCCUUGGAGGGACGCUCCUGUUUUGCAGCUAUGCCAAAUAAUACUAGGGUGACCCAGCUGGAGCACAGCAGCGAGCCGGUCACCGAGUCUGUGGCCGACCUGCUGUCUCUGGAGCACCCGAUGGACUAUAAGAGCAGUCAGAUGAGCAUGGGACUCAGUCCUGGCUCCACUGCCCCGGGGAGGGCGCUGCUACCGUCCCCUGACCCUGAUGCAGAGGACGGACGGCCAGCUUGGAACAAUAAAUUGGAGUACAUUCUGGCACAGGUGGGCUUCUCUGUGGGCCUGGGCAACGUCUGGAGGUUCCCCUACCUGUGCCAGAAGAAUGGUGGAGGUGCUUACUUGGUGCCCUACUUCAUUCUCCUCCUCCUCAUCGGUAUCCCUCUCUUCUUCCUGGAAUUGGCGGUGGGACAGAGGAUUAGGCGCGGCAGCAUCGGUGUGUGGAACUAUGUGUACCCCCAGCUGGGGGGCAUCGGUGUCUCUAGUCUGAUGGUGUGCGGCUUUGUGGGCCUCUACUACAAUGUGAUCAUCGGAUGGAGCAUCUUCUACUUCUUCCAGUCUUUCCAGUACCCGCUUCCUUGGGCUGAAUGUCCCGUCCACAUCAAUGGAACCCAAGCCACCGUGGAGCCAGAGUGCGAGAAGAGCUCAGCGACCACAUACUUUUGGUAUCGUCAGACCCUCAACAUCACCAGCAGCAUCGAUGACACUGGCGGACUGAACUGGAAGAUGACUCUUUCCUUACUGGUGGCUUGGAUCCUGGUGUGCUUGGCCGUCAUCAAGGGCAUCCAGUCCUCUGGGAAGGUGAUGUACUUCAGCUCUCUCUUCCCGUACUUGGUGCUCUUCUGCUUCCUGGUGAGAGGGUUGUUGUUGAGAGGAGCGGUGGAUGGCAUCGCGCACAUGUUCACCCCCAAGCUGGAGAAGAUGCUGGAGCCGCAGGUGUGGAGGGAGGCGGCCACCCAGGUCUUCUUUGCGCUAGGUCUGGGCUUUGGCGGCGUCAUCGCCUUCUCCAGUUACAACAAGCGAGACAACAACUGCCACUUCGACGCCGCUCUGGUCUCCAUCAUCAACUUUGUGACCUCCAUCCUGGCCACGUUGGUUGUGUUUGCCGUCCUGGGCUUCAAGGCCAACAUCAUGAACGAGAAGUGUGUUGUUGAAAAUGCUGAGAAAAUCCUCGUGUAUCUGAAUACCAGCGUGCUGAGCAAAGAGCUCAUCCCUCCUCAUAUCAACUUCUCCCACCUGACCACAAAGGACUACGCGGAGAUGUACGGCGUCAUCAGGACGGUGAAGGAGGACAACUUUGCCCAGCUGGGCCUGGAUCCCUGUGUGCUGGAGGAUGAACUCAACAAGGCGGUCCAGGGCACCGGUCUGGCGUUCAUCGCUUUCACGGAAGCCAUGACGCACUUCCCCGCCAGCCCUUUCUGGUCUGUCAUGUUCUUCUUCAUGCUGAUUAACUUGGGCCUGGGGAGCAUGAUUGGAACCAUGACGGGCAUCACCACACCGAUACUCGAUGCCUUCAAGGUCCGCAAAGAGAUCCUAUGCGUGGUCUGUUGCGUCAUCGCCUUCCUGCUGGGUCUGCUGUUUGUGCAGCGCUCGGGGAACUACUUUGUCGCCAUGUUUGACGACUACUCCGCUGGUUUGCCACUCACCGUGGUGGUCAUCCUGGAGAACAUCUCUGUGGCCUGGAUUUAUGGCACCAAACGGUUCAUGCAGGACCUGGAGGACAUGCUUGGAUUCAGGCCGUACUCUUUCUAUUACUACAUGUGGCGGUACGUGUCACCGACUGUACUGGUGGUGCUUAUUAUGGCGACUGUCAUCGAGAUGGCCGUCAGCCCCGCGGGGUACAACGCCUGGGUUGAGGCCGAGGGCUCAGAGCGCUUCCACAGCUACCCACCCUGGGCUUUGGGCAUGGCCUACUCCCUCAUCGUGGUGGCCAUGUUGCCCUUACCUCUUAUUUUCAUGGCCCGCCACUUCAACCUGGUGUCUGACGGCUCCAACAAGCUGUCCGUGUCCUACCGGAAAGGCAUGAUGAAGGACAUGUCCAACCUGGAGGAGCAGGACGAGCAGCGCUUCAUCCUCAGCAAGAACCCCGGCGAGGCUCCUUCUCCGAUGCCUCCUUACCGUGCCUACCUGGGGCCCGGCGGCACCCAGGAGAUGACCAACACCAACUACGGCACCGGCACCAAGACGGGCUACCAGAACAUCGGCUCGCCCGAGUCCGAGCUAUGAUGCAGCACUUGCAUCUUUGGCCACUUGGAAAAAGGAAAAGUGUCCCAGUGUUUCCAUGUUCUUCUCUUCUUUGUAUCACCUUCACUUUUCUCCGAGGCGUCCGCCGAGAGCUUUGCCGAGCUUCAGGUGUGUCCAAUUCCAAAGAAGCCACGUUUAGGAGCUGGGUCGGGAAUGUAAGAGCACAAGCUUAGCCGCCGGUUUACAUUUCAAUGCUUCACAUUUGACCUUUGACCUCUGACCUAUGUAAAAGGAGGUGAUGGACGAGUGAUGGAGUUAAACAAGCACAUGCUACCUUUGGGACAGAUGCAGCUCGUUAGAACCUCUCUGAGCCUGAAGAUGGAACAAAAAGCUCUGCUUCUUCGCUUUUCCAUUUCAGUCCAUCGUUUAAUCAAGCUGACCGCUUUUGUUUGAUCAGCUUCACGCUUGUCGUCACGGAGACGUCAGUUUGAUGCCCAAAGGUGUUUAUGCUGAAUGCGAGGCUCCUGAGGCCCUCGCUGCGGAAAAAUAGAGCUGGCUGCCCAGGGGACGCCGUGGCAACGCGCCAUGGAUG